GGUUAGAUAGCUUUGGUCAAAUCUUUUUGCAAAUGCAAACAAAAUAAAUUUACCUUCAAUUUAAAACUGGCUGUACUUCCAAUUUAAUUUGUAGCGAAAGCGAAUAUCCCGCUUAUUCAGGAUGCUUUCUGGCAAUCAAAAAUAAAGCUGAUGACUAUACCACCUGCUGUCAACCGGAAGGGUUUCGGCGCGAUAUUUCUCCAGAACAAACACACUUUACAAGAGUCAUGACCAGAAGGUGGCGAUAUUGACUGAGAAAUCUUGGUGCUUACAGACUAACUCCACCAGCCUGCAACUUUUGUUUAAUCACAUGGAAGAGAAGCCAUCUGCAGGCAUUGUUGAAGCAGCAUGAAGUGCAGCAGGUCCAUGUCCAGCUGGAAGAGGUUCAAGGUCUGCUGAAGGUCAUGAUGGCAGAGGCAGAUGACUGGAUGAUGAGCACAGAACUGGAAAAUGUCCUGCAUAUUAUCCCAAAUCACAGCUGCACUGUGGGCGUGCAGCAGUAUUUGAUUAACCAGUUCGAGCAGCUCAGAGGGGAGAAUCAGCAACUGAAGGCUGCAUUGAGACAGGCAGAGCUCAGACUCAGCAUAAUGGAAAGAGAGAAGGCCUGUCAGCACGCUGCGCUCUCAGAAAAGAUCUGCAAUGUUGAUCAGCUUACUUCAGAGAAACAGCAGAUGACCGCUGAGCUGGGAGUGCGGCGUAUGCAGCUUACCCAGCUAAAAGAGGGACAGAAAGCUUUGAAAGAGCUGCUCGGCAGUAAGACCUGUGAGCUGGAACGAGAGAACCUGAAACUCAAGACUCAGCUGAAGACUGUACGAGCUGUGCUGGACCAGGCCAACAGUUCCUUGAGAACACUGGAGGGAGCUGACGUGCAUGGUCUUAAGAUUGCUCUGGAAAUGCAGAAACAGAUCACUGCUAAAAGGGAGCAGACUGAUUUCCUGCAAAGCCGAAUUCAGGGGCUGGAGGAGAACAUAGAGAAGCUCAAGAUGGAGAAGCACCGUCAGGCAUUACUGGUUAUGAAGCAGACACAAGAGCUGCUGUCAGAGAGGGAGAGCAGGAGAAGACUGGAGUCUGAAGUGGAGGCUCUGUGCUCACAAGAGCGAGAGCUCAAAGGCAAAGCUGAGAGACUGGAAGCAGCUUUAUACAAGAUGUCUGACAGUUUUGCUGAAUGCCAAGAAUUUAUUCAGAAGCAGGAGCAGGAGCUUAUGAGACUGAAACUGCAGCAUGCAUUAGAUAUAAAGGAAUUGCAAAGCCAGAACUUGCGUAACGUCUCCAGAUCUCCAGUCAGCAGCCAUACCCUUCAGACUCAUCUUCCCCUCGAUCAGCAUAAUGUUAAUGGCCUAAUGGAGAUGAGAGUCUCUGACCCCAUUGUGGAGCUGAAGAGUUUAAGAGAGCUGCGUGGUGGGAUUGCUGAAGAGCAAGGACCACACACUACCUUGAGCUUCAGGAGGGGACCUAAGGAAGACCACAAAUCUAGACUACCUACAGGAACUAGAGGUGCUGAAAGUACCACAAGGUCAGCUAGGAGAAUAACCAGUUACAGUGAGCCAGGAACCUUCAGAACGGCUGAACCUAAUAAGCGCGAUAACAACAGCCCAUUAUCAGAUGACACAGAUAAUGCAGUACACCUUGCGACAGGACGCAGGUCUCCUGUGCACCUCCUCCUCACUUCUGAUCUUCCCGCUGACAGAAACUAUUGGCUGAAGAUGGAGCGCCCUGUCAACGCUAAUCAGAUAUCUGCCAACAAUCAAGAUGAGCUCACAAGACAGGCAUCUCAGAAAAUCAAGAUGGACAGGCCGUAGAAGCUACUGAAGGAUGAUGGUCAGAAUGACACUGUUUUUGUUUAUUUUAGUCUCAAUAGGCGUCACUGAAGCUGGUCUUACUGACUGAUGAAAUUUGACAUUUGAAUUCUGAGGAGUUGAAAAUGGACAAAACGGACAUAUAGUGACGCUCUCACUGUUUGCUUUCUUCAUUGCAAAUAAAGUGGAUUAGAUGUAAUAUUUAUCAGCUAAACAGACAUUUGAAUUUUGCUUUAUACAGCCCCUGUAUGUACCAAAAAUAGUUCAUAACAUGCCAACAAUAUUAAAAUACCAAUAAAGUGAGGCCAUAC